CACACACGAGCAGAGCGGUGAGAGAGUAUAAAAGGCGCAUCCUUCCCACUCAGCAGACAAGCGCUCUCCGAACGCUCACACACUCCCUUCAACGAACCGAACCUCUUUUCUCAAGAUGCCUGCAGGGCUGAGUGUGUGCGUGGUUCUGGUGGUCCUGUGCGCAGGUUCUUUGGGGUUCCCCUUCUCCUCCCAUCUUGGGGACGAGAACCGGCGUUCCUCCCCUGAAGAAGGCCACCUGGAAGCCGCCGCCCACACUUUGGGGCAGCCGCAUCUCCGACACAGCCGCUCGGUCCCCCAGCUCCGAGCUUCACAGGAGGAUGGCGAGUCGCGAGCCAACCUCAGCGAGCUGCUGGCCAGACUCAUCUCGUCCAGGAAAGGUUCGGUGCGUCGGAACUUGUCACCCAACAGCAGAGGCGGCGGCCCGAGCGGCGCCAACCACCGGAUAGCGGACAGGGACUACAUGGGCUGGAUGGACUUUGGACGGCGCAGCGCUGAGGAGUACGAGUACUCCUCGUAGAAUGGAAACGCUCCGACAUUGACUGUCCCUUCACACGCAACAACAGUUUACCUGAUGACGUUGUACAUUUGUUUGUAAUGUACUGUUAAAUGCAAUAUACAUAUGCCAAACUUUUGCCUCUCUGUCACCAAUUUGUUUAUCGUAUUGAAAGUGGGGGCGGGAAAUGUGGUGUCAGGGUACAUUGAGACUUACUCGACCGAAGAAUCAGAACAAACGUUGACCGCUGGUCUCACGCUCUCUUUUCUUUGCCUAAUGUUUAAUAGUCAUGUAAACGUCUGUUGGGACUUUUUGACAUAUAUAACGAGCAUUGUCUGCAGUUGUUGUACCGUACUGUAAUAUGGUGAGUUGUCACUGAGAAUCAUCCAUGCAAAAAAAUAAAAAUAAAAUGACAUCUUGAAA